AUGAAAAAUCAACCAUUGAAGAGUGUCAACCCUCCCAGUCAAUAUUUCACAUGUGGACUGGCAGGGCCGCUUUUAUUCUUCACCAACUUUUUUCUCAUCUUGGAUACAACUUUCUUCAAACGAGAGUGUCCCUGUGUUCCAGCAAAAAAUACUUCCUUUGCGUUCAAGUUCACGUCGCGCCUCUCUCACUCUCUAUCAAGCCCGCUCACGUGGCUGUGGAUCACCGCAAGCCCCUUGACAGUGACCGCCGCCUGUGAUGGUAAUCCUGAUAGAAAUGCGCUUAUUGGAACAUCACCAUGGCAGGAGUGUAUAAGCAUGUGUGAGACAGGAAUCCACUACUGCAGUCACGCUGGAUGCAACUGUGUUCACGAUAUUAACGGUCUCACGUUUUCCUGUAAUUCUGGAUACGAGCUAUCUGGUACUUAUGAUUGCGAAGAUAUUGAUGAAUGUCAGACGGGAGAUCAUGAUUGCGGAAACGAUCCUGGCAUGACCUGUUAUAAUAAUGUGGGCAGUUUCGAUUGCAUGUGCGACGGUGGAUAUGACUACACCGCUAAUCCUACGCCAACCUGCACUGAUCAGAACGAGUGCACCCUUGGAACACAUCAGUGCUGCGAAAUCGGCUGCGAUUGCAACAAUAUCAGCGGAGGAUACACUUGUUCCUGUCAAGCUGGUUUUGAAACAGACAACACUCUCUACGGAUGCAAGGAUGUUGAUGAAUGUGCGACCGGAGUUCAUGACUGUGGAACCGAUCCUGGAAUGAAUUGCGUCAAUAAUGUCGGCUCUUUCGAUUGCAUUUGCGAUGAAGAAUACAGUAAUGCCUACAGUUUUCAAACCGGAAAAACUUGUGUCAACGUUGAUGAAUGCACUCUUAAUACUCACAACUGCUGCACUCAUGCGGGUUGUUCCGGAUAUCCGGGAUUUACUUGUGCAUGUGAUGUUGGUUAUCGAGGAGACGGGACCUCUUGCGUUGACAUCGACGAGUGUGAUGAAGAUACAGUAGCUAAUCUCUGCGGUGCUGAUUCGCUUCUUUCCUGCAUAAAUAAUAUUGGCUCUUAUGACUGUAGCUGUCUCGACGGCUAUGAUAUGGUCUUCGAUAGUGGCCUCGGUGAAGAAACGUGUGUUCAAGUCGACGAAUGCGUCGAUGACAAUCUUCACGACUGCGUCACCGGCUUUACGGGAAUCUGCACUGAUAAGGAUCCUAAUGUUGAUGGUAUAAAAUUUGAGUGUGGAUGCAUUGAAGGUUUUUAUGGAAGUGGUUUCGCCAAUGGACAGGGUUGCAUUCAGGAGCUCGACGAGUGUACAAUGGGAACCCACAAUUGUGCUGCUGAUGCUGAUUGCUUCGACACACAGGCUGCCUUUAUUUGUACAUGUCACCCUGGUUUUACUGAUGAUAAUCUUGACGGAACAAGUUGCACGAAUAUUAAUGAAUGUACAGAUGGAACUCACAAUUGUGCACCUGAUGUAGAUGGCGGCGUUUGCACUGACAACCCAGGAAGCUUCGAAUGCUCUUGUGACAACUCAAUUGCUUAUGGAGAUGGACUCGCUGCUGGAACUGGGUGUACACUCAAAGUUGACGAAUGCGCUGAUAACACUCAUACUUGCGACGCCAAUGCUGCCUGUACGGACACCCAGGAAGCGUACACAUGCACUUGCAACGCUGGAUAUGACGGUCCUGGAUUCAUUUGUUACCAAGUCGACGAAUGCGCAGAAAAAGGACUUGAUAUCUUGGGCACUGCUGGUGUUCUUGUUGGCACAGAAACCAACUAUGCUGAUUUCGUUGCCCAGCUUGAUACGAUGUCAGGAAUGGUCAACGGAGUCGUAGGUUCAUUCCAUGGAGCACUUGAAGAUCAAUUCAAUAUUGAAUCAACAUUCACUAUUGGAAAUACAGGCGGUGCCGAGAAAGUUCUCUUCAGCUUGACUGGUGCGACCAACCAGUUUAUUCCAGAUCUACCAGUCGACACCAGAGACUAUUUUAUGAGCUUUGAAGUCGUCCAAGACGCCUGCUCCGAUCCUGCACAAGAUGCGUCGAGUACUUGCACUCUGACCGUAGCUUAUGAGACAUUCUUGGGUGGAUCAGAAAAGAGCGCAACGAUACCGUACACUCUCAAUAAUACUUGUACGGACUAUACUGUGGCGGACGGAUGUCCAAUGUCAGUCAUGAUUUUGAUCAAUCGCCAGGGCAUAGCUAUUAAUGGUACCGUUACUUAUUCCAUGGUUGUUGAUUUGAUCACUCCUGACGGAAACGUCGCCUCAACUGCUUUUGUCGACAAUAACGACCACAGAAUGACCGAGUUCCGAUUCGUCAGAGAAGGUGAUUCAGCCGCGCUUAUCAGUUCUUUCUAUAUUAAUCAAGCUGGAUCUGAAACCAACAACUGCGAUGAUGACGGUGGAAUCUGCACAGAUACAAUAGGCUCUUUUACAUGUGAUUGUGAUCUCAGCACACAUUUUGACAACAACAGUGACGAGCCCGGAACCGACUGUGUUGGCCUUGUCGACGAAUGUACUGUUGGUGGACAUGAUUGCCACCCGACCGGUGGAGUGUGCACCGAUUUGGACGAUGGUUGGUCCUGCACCUGCGCCACGACACACUUCGAUCUUAAUCCUGAUGAUCCUGGAAAACAGUGUGAUCAAUUACUACCUUGCGAUGCUCGACUUAUUGGCGACGUUUUUGAUGAUUCCGCCCUCAGUCCACGGGGCUUUUGGGAUUGCAACCGAGGAAGCAAGAAAACAACUUGUAAUUAUAUCUGCCCUGUUUCUGAAGCAGUCGGUGUUACAGCUUCAUGCAAGCACAAAAGCGGGUUGUGGAGAGAUCCUACUCGUCCAUUGACCUGUAAUUUGCCACCAACAUGCGAUCUUGCUGCUCUUGAGACUGAAAUCACCGAUUUCUUGGGCCGCAUCGGAUCAACUUAUGUUUUCAACGAAAACGACUGGCAGAUUGAUGGACUUCAGGAGGACAAUUUCCUUAGAGGAAGAUGGAAUUGUGGAAAUUCCUUCUUUACCAAGAAGAUUCAAUUCAGCUGCAACCGAAAAGAUGGAGGUACUCGAGCUGUAUGGAAAUUCAAGGGUGAUCCGAGUGAUCAUCCAGACGUCUGUCAAGGAAUCUUCCGAAGCGAAGGCCUUGAAGUUCGAUCGAAAUACGUCAAAAAAGCUUGA